UCUCUUUUUGACAGAUACCUUCGUAUGUGGUUUCAGAUUGGCUGUGGCCUGUGGGUAACCACUGAAAAUUUGUGUUUCUUUCUUAUCUCUUCCUUCCUCAGUGCUUUCGAUUUGGUGAAGGGCUUCUCUUAUGUUCUACCUGGAGACCUUUUGGUGAAUCUUUGCAUGAAAGAUGCCCACCAAUUUCUCCUCCUAUUUUCCUGAGUGUUGAGAAUAUGGGCAACCUUCUAUGCUGUGUUCAAGUCGAUCAAUCCAAAGUAGCUAUCAAGGAGACAUUUGGGAAGUUUGAUGAAGUGCUUGAGCCAGGAUGCCAUUGUGUGCCUUGGAUCUUUGGGAGCAAGGUAGCUGGGCAUCUCUCCCUUAGGUUGCAGCAGUUGGACGUCCGUUGUGAGACCAAGACAAAGGAUAAUGUAUUUGUUAAUGUUGUUGCAUCUAUCCAAUACCGAGCCUUGGCUAAUAAUGCAGGCGAUGCUUUCUAUAAACUAAGCAAUACAAAAUCUCAAAUCCAGGCCUAUGUUUUUGAUGUGAUCAGAGCAAGUGUUCCAAAGCUCGACCUAGAUGAAGUUUUCGUGCAGAAGACUGGAAUUGCUGAAGCGGUAGAAGAGGAGCUUGAAAAGGCUAUGUCUGCCUAUGGUUUCGAGAUUGUUCAGACUUUAAUUGUUGAUAUAGAGCCUGAUGAGCACGUGAAGCAAGCAAUGAAUGAAAUCAAUGCUGCUGCAAGACUGAGAGCAGCAGCAACUGAUAAGGCAGAGGCUGAGAAGAUUGUUCAAAUUAAACGAGCAGAGGGUGAGGCAGAAGCAAAAUAUUUGGCAGGGAUGGGUAUUGCUCGUCAGCGCCAGGCAAUCGUGGAUGGUCUGAGAGACAGUGUAUUGGGGUUCUCAGUGAAUGUUCCAGGGACAACUGCGAAAGAUGUUUUGGACAUGGUCCUUGUCACUCAAUAUUUUGACACCAUGAAGGAGAUUGGUGCUUCCUCUAAAUCAUCUGCUGUUUUUAUACCUCAUGGACCUGGUGCUGUUCGCGAUGUUGCGACCCAAAUUCGUGAGGGACUCCUUCAGGCAUCACAGAUCACCCAGUAAUAUUUAGGAUCUCAUCACAAUAUAUACCUGGUAUACUUUUAUAUAGAUGUGAAUAUGUCAUGUACACCAUGUGGUUGUUUUAAGUUCAAGUGGGACAACAAUAGCAAUCCUUAGUAGUUUUUGUUCUUCUUAUACAAGCAUUUGAUCAAAGUAUUUAUGUAAUAGAGUCUUGGUUGUUUUACCCAAAAAAAAAGAAAAAGAGUCUUGGUUGUAACUUUGAACAGCUUUCUGUUUUUGUUUCUUGCUCCAAGCAAUUGAAUAAAGUCAUCAUAUAAUUUUUAA